CUGGAUGUGAAACGUCUACAAUAAAGCUACCCAGAUGUUGCAGGUGUGUCUAAUUCUUUAUACCCAAGUGGUGUACAUGUGUUUUAUUCAUCACUGUAUACAUUUGAUAUACCUUUGAUGAAUUCCGAGAGCUUUUUCCUACUUCCGGAGCCCGGCCAUGGGCCAGGCUCGUCUGGUGCUAGCUUGGUCAACCAGGCUGUUGGUGGCCCGCUGACCCACAUAUCCAUCACAGCCUUGAAGGUAUUGUGUACCAUCAGUAAUAUUAAUCGUUGUUACGUUCCUCAGACAUCAUCAUGAAGGUCGUGGCUGUUGCUGUGUUGUGUCUCGCUGUGGUCGUCUCCGCAAGGAUGCCUUACGAACUGCCCAUCGGAUACCUGGAGAUCCUAGGCCGGGAGCCGGCAAGGGUUUUCGACUGUGCUAACCGACCCUAUGGUUUCUACGCUGAUGUGGCCAACGACUGUAAGAUUUUCCACGUGUGUGAUCCGGUGUAUGACGAGAAUGGACUGGAAGUGUUGAAAGUAGACCAAUUCUCCUUCUUAUGUGGUAACCAGACAGUGUUCAGUCAGGAUUACCUCACUUGUACGUACCCUGAGGAGGCGUAUCCCUGUGACCAGGCUGAGGCACUGUACACCUCUUCCAACGCUAACUUCGGCAAGAUCCCCGAAGAACCCUAGAGAGCAAUCAUUCUUGAUUGUAUCAUCCGUCCAGAACGUCAUUUCUAGUUCUGUGUAUGAUUGAGUAUCCCAGGUGUGUGAGUCCUUCCAGCUGUACAUUUAAGUAUCCCAGGUGUGUCUGAUUACUGGAGAUAUCUGAGUAUACCAAGCCAGUGUCUGAGUACCCCAAGUGAGAAAGAUAUCUUUCCCAUCUCCUCGCACACUGAGAGUCCCUCUUUCUCACUGACUUUGAUCACCAUCUUAACCUAUAAUUUUUUCCCACUUGCUUCCGGCAGCUCCUUUAAUAUCCAGUGCUGGGCUUACCCAUACGGGCUUAGAGCCUCUAUCUGGAUAAUUAGUUAUCUUCCCUCUUGUCUCUCAUCUUGCUGCCUCCUCCAGGUAAUGUUUCUCAUUGUUAUUCCUUAUGAUUCUCUCUCUUGUUACCUCAAUAUUUCUCAUCUUUCUCACUUCCAUUUUAUAGUGUGUCUCAGUCUUCCUCAUUCGUAUCGUCUCGUGUUUCUCAUUGCUUUAUCAAU